AGCAUGCAAUGCAUCUUGCUAUGUAGUCCACUUUUUAUCUUCUAUUGCUAGUGGCAAGUAAGCUAGGAUUACACGGCCAAAGUCUGACAGUGAUCUUUUGUUUAUUUCAGAUGGUGUGGCCGAAACUUCAGGUAUGGAAAAGUGUUGGAAGUUCAGGUCCAGCCUCGACAGAAAAGUCAGAAAAGUGAGGCUUCUGUGGAUCUAUCAGUAUCUAUCAGAAAGUUAGAAAGGUAUUUUCAAGUGAUCUUGCGCCUGUAAGACCAGAUUAAAUCUUGCCAAGCCAGCUCAUCCAGAAUGCGGUUUAGGAUACUCAGCUAAUAUCUUCAUAAAUUAAUUUCGACAUCGCUAGCCUAAAUCAUCUAGAAUCAUGUAUACGUCCUCUGAAAUUUCAGAAAUCACACUAAAAUCUUUAGCUGUUGCACUUGCACCACCCUUUUGAUUAUUCAGAUAGCAUUAUUUUCACUUCAGAGCAAUAAUCUUGAAUUACACUUUGCCCAUCCAUUGUGAUCGUGUGGUUACUUUUACGAGUGCUUUUUAAAAGACGAAGAAUCAAGAUAAAGGUGUUGAAUUUCACUGUGGGUCUGUGCACGACGUGAAGUUGAACUUUGUCUUGCACGCUGGCUUCACGAGUUCGACCAUUACACUGACGUAGGGUGUUGAGGUGCAUGGUGGUAGCUUUCAAAGAGGGUGGAAACAGAGGCAAAUUCAAAAGUUUAACACCAAUUCUUUCUAUGGCAAGAAACAUGGUCAAAUUCUACGAAAAGUACACGAUUUUCUUUGGUCCCAAGAACAGGACAAAUUUGAACAGGACAAAUGACAGUGGAUGGCCCUUGCUACCUGAGGAAGCGGGGGUGAAGCAGCAGUGGUUCCAGGCAGCCGUGUCGGACCGGGAGAGCGUAGCUCGCGACUGAAAGACAAUAAAGCCUACCGCCUUUGAGACUCCUAUUCAUCCACGGUGGAUCGUCCGAGCAUGAGUUGGAUGCCGACUCCAAUUCCAGAGCUCCGUUGGCCCUCCUCCUCAUCAUCUAUAUUCUUAUUGGAUCCAUGGUCGAGCGAGGUGCAGGCAGGCAGGCAUGUUUCGUCCGGCGUUGGGAGUCGCGGGGAGGACCCUGCUGCGGCGGUUCUGCGGCCAGGCCGCGGCGGCCGGGUCGCCGUCGGGGCCGGCCGGAGCUACCAGGCUGAGACACCUACACUCUCAGAGGAGCAAUGCUGGGGAUGCUGCUGGCCACCGCUUUGGCUUUCUUCGCAGGUACCUCAGACCACGGAAUAUGGCGCUAGCUGCAUGGCAUGGAUUAUUUGUUUUUGGUCUCUGGAUCUGUGUGAAGGAGAUUGGCAGGAUUGCGCCGUCAGAGAUUGACUGGGUUGAAGCUGGCGUCGUCUCCCCGAUUGUGAGGAAACAACAGAAUUGUGGCAGCUGUUGGGCCAUAGCUGUUGCAUCCUCGGUCGAAGCUGUACAUUACAUGAAUACCUUGCAGUCAGUCUCUGUUGUCGGUUCAAGAGCUCAUCGACUGUGACACAGAGAACGAUGGGUGUGACGGGGGCGAGAAAGAAAAGGCCUUCGGGUAUAUACAAACAAAUGGACUCUCAAGCGAAACUGACUACCCAUACAUCGAUGAGAGGAGUAAAUCGGGUUGCAAGCCGAACAAAACAGUAGCAGCAAGGAUAGCAGGCUUUCAAUUUGUCAACCCAACCGAAGAGGCUCUUGUUGGAGUAUAAUGUCCGGCCCUCUCUCUCAGAUCCGUCAUUUGGUUGCAUUGGCUAGAGCAUGCACUUCUACAUGGUAUCGGAGCCAAGAGGUCUUGAGUUCAAGACCCGGCUGGCGCAAUUAAAUUGCAGCCCACUUUCGGUCCACGUUUAGGCCUGAGGGAGCCACACGUGAGGGGGAGUGUUGACGUAUAAUGUGCUGCCUAGUCUCUUCCAUUAGAUAGGUCUGAUGGAUGAACAACCAACAGGUUCAGGGUUCAAAACCUAGUAAACGCAAUAAAUAAUUGCGGCCUGCCCCCGCUUCUGCUGCCCACGUCAUAUAGCUCCAAAGGAGCAUAGACGUGAGGGGGAGUGUUGGAGUAUAAUGUCCGGCCCUCUCUCUCAGAUCGGUCUUUUGGUUGCAUUGGCUAGAGCAUGCACUUCUACAGCUCUAGAGAAAGCGGUAGCAAAACAGCCCGUGGUUGUUAGUAUACAGAGUCUCGAUGAUCUGCAGAAAUACAAAGGAGGCAUCCUGGAUUAUGAACCUAACGGAGACUACACCGGCAGCAGACAUGCUGUCCUGAUUGUUGGUUAUGGCACAGAUUCAGACGGUGUCAAGUACUGGCGCUUCAAGAACUCGUGGGGAGAAGACUGGGGUGAAGGUGGGUUUGGGAGGAUCCGCAGGCACAUUGCCGACAAGCGAGGUGUGUUGGGUAUUUUCAUGCACCAAGGAGUAUAUCCACUGCUUAUGGACUGAUCAAUCUAUAUGGUUGCAUCUUUUGUUCGUAAAACUUGUAUCCCCUUCCUGGUUUCAUAUUUUUGCACCUCUGCUCGUGUAGUUGCAUGCACAUUUUUGUCUAUAUUGUGAUGGUGUUUUCAUAUGUGUAGUCGUUGUUGGACUUCUUCCUAGCGAAAUUUCAUCAGAUCUUGAUAUCUAAUCAUUGUUGAUUAAGUACAUU